CUCUGCCUAACUAUGGUCUUUUGAUAUCAGUCUUUCCAGUUUAGACCAGCCAGAAAUCUCAAGUGCGACAUCUGCAGGAUCAAGCAGUGGCUGCCAUACCAUGAGAAGAGUGACUCGCCACUGACCAAGAGAGUUCAUCACUCUCUAUCUCCUCUGUUGAAGGACGACCAAGGCAUCCAUCUACGACUACUGCGAAGGGAUAAGAAACGCAGAAUUCAUCUACCUUCAAUCGAGACCACAUCACUGUCCCGCGCCACUUGAACGAUGGCAGAGAUUCUUCCAAAAUGGCAAGACAAGCCCCAAGUUGUGAAUAAAGCAUCAACGCCAACACUGCGUCAAGUGUUCAAGAGUCCUUGGAAACUUAUGGUUUUUGGUCUCGGAUGUCUCGUCUCUUUACACCUUUUCUCUCGGAUGCUCAGUGGCUCUAUCAUCCGCAGAAGCACCGAGAUGUCGGCCCAAAGUAUGCCUAGUGACAGUCUUCACGAUAUCUACAACAGCACACUCGGGUUUCAAAAGGUUUUCGCUAUUGGGUUUGCCGAACGGACCGACAAGCGAGAUGCAAAAACUCUUGCAUCAUCAUUUACAGAUAUUGACAUCGAAUGGCUUCCUGCAGUAUCCUUCGAACAAGUCUCUCCCAAGGCAGCCCCUCCCACUUGGGAUUUCAAUCGACAGGCCAAAGGUGCACUUGGUUGUUGGAGAGCUCAUAUGAACGCGUUAGAGCACAUCGUACGCCACCGGAUACAAACAGCCUUGAUAAUGGAAGAUGAUGCCGACUGGGAUGUCAGCCUGAAAGACCAGCUACUGGAGUUUGCCACCGGCACACGAGCACUUCAACACCUACCACCCAACUCGCCUUCCUCCUCUGCCUAUGGCAGCGAGUGGGAUUUCUUAUGGCUUGGCCACUGCCGAGUUGGCUCCACUGACGAUGAUCAAGAAUUCUGGGUUAUCGACGAUGACAGUACUUCACCACCGGUUAAACAUCGAUGGGCCGGGUGGACAAACCGACAUUUCCCUGACGAGGUUCGUAGAGAUGGCACUCGUGUUAUUCUCAACGCGGCUGGAGGAGGUAUGUGCUUAUAUAGUUACGCUGUGACUUACGAAACAGCCCGCAAAAUUCUCGCUUCCGUCUCGCUAACGUCGAUUGACUCCCCGGUUGAUGCCAGCCUAAGUGAGAUGUGUCGAGGCAAGCUUGGUAACCCACUCAGAUGCUAUGCACCCUAUCCACCCUUACUUGCCAGCCAUCGCGCGGCCGGCCCACAGUUCCGCGAUUCGGACUUGAAUGAGAAAGGAGAUAAAUGGCACAAGGCUUAUACGUGGGACAUCGUGUAUAGCACGGUUCUCAACAUUCCGAGGCUCGUUAAAGGAAUGGCUACAGUCAACGCACAGUGGCCAGAUCACUCACGUCCGGAGAUCCUUUGGAAUUCGUCUUUGAGAGCAAGUUCAAAAGGCUACCUCAAGACAAUCGCUGUUUCCAAUUCCACAACAUCUCCAAAUGAACCCUAGAUUGGAAGACACAAAAGAAUACUAGAUAUUAAAUCCCAUUAGGGAAUUAUUUCGAUUGAUGGUGUAGUGGCGCUCGUACAGUCUUGCUGUUCUUGUUAAACCUUGUACGAUUGUGAAUGCAUGGUAUGGUGCUUGGAGUGGUCUGAACCGGUCUAGGAAAGCUAGAUAGAGAAG